AUACAUUCUGCCGAGUGGCAGCAUUAUUUUUGUUCUGUGAACCCCCGUCCUGUUGGCUGCCCAUUGCUGUGGCUUUGCCUGGAUUCCGACUAGCUUGGCUACUUUUGGAGUUGUGCCGCUUUUCUGUUACUUUCUGCUAUCAACGCUUUGUUUGGUUGCUUAUCAAGAGGAUCAGGGGACCCAACAGGACGGUCUGACCAAAAUUGCUUCAGGAUGUCCGGAUCCUCGGAGAAGCAGCAUCACAGCCACCAUGCAAGCAGCCACAAGCAGACCAUGAGCAAGCAGACCAUGAGCAAGCAGACCGUGAGCCAGCAGACUCACACCGUGAAGAAGAGCAGCCGGCGCACUGUGAAGGCCACUGAGGUAGCAGAAAAGGCAACGGAGCAUAAGGUUGAACUGAGCUCACUAUCCAAGAAAGCCAAGCGCAACUACCUGGCUGUUGACAGUGACAGUCAUGUUGUCGGAUAUGUGGUACCCGUCUUCAGAAGCAGCCAUUUAGUGGCCAGAGACCUGAUGGAGUCCGAGGAGGAGGUGAAGGAGGAAGGGAUUGGCUAUGUGGUCAUGAAGAACCUCUUCUCCAAAGAGGAAGACUUUCGCAUGAAGGUGGAGAAGAAGACCAGGGAGGUGUCCAUAAGGGAGACUGCUGACCGCAUGUGUUUGAAAAAAAGGGUGUAUGAAGAGCAUGAGUUCACGAAGAAGAUGAACGAAGACAGCCUCACCCACCCCCCUGAGUUCAUCGUGAAGCCCAAGGGCCAGACCGUGUGGGAGGGGAAGACUGUGACGCUGCACUGCACCGCAGCUGGAUGGCCUAAGCCCCGUGUGGCGUGGUACAAGAACAAUGUUCCCAUCGAUGCCAAGGCUCAUCCUGAGAAGUACACAGCAGAGAGCAAUUACAACAUGCACUCUCUGGAGAUUAAAAACUGUGAUUUCAGUGACACUGCUGAGUAUCGUGUGUCAGCCCUCAACAUUAAGGGGGAGAGGUCCUCCUAUGCCCAUGUGGUCGUGAAAAGAUACCAAGAGGGUGAAAAGGUCGUUGCCAAGCCACAUGGCUUCUCUGAUGAGUUUGGAGUCACCUUCAGGACUACUAUCCUUGAUAAGUUUGGUGUUGCCUUUGGCGAGGAGGGCGAGACCAUGAGCCUGGGCUGCACUGUGAUCAUCUACCCCACCGUCAAACGUUACACACCUGACGUGCUUUGGUACAGAGAUAACGUUCUCCUGAAGCCCUCUAAAUGGGUGAACAUGCACUGGAGUGGAGAGAAGGCCACACUGACCCUGGCUCACCUCAACAAAGAGGACGAGGGCCUCUACACCUUGCGUAUCAACACUAAAUCUGGCUUUGAGUCUCACUCUGCUUAUGUCUUUAUAAGAGAUGGUGAGGCAGAAGAGGAAGGCGCCCCUGUUGCUCCUCUGGACGUGAAGUGCCAUGAUGUCAAUAAAGACUAUGUGGUGGUUACCUGGAAGCAGCCAGCUGUGGAGGGCAGUAGUGCUAUUGUGGGCUACUUCAUUGACAGGUGUGAGGUUGGCACAAAGCACUGGGCUCAGUGUAAUGAGACGCCUGUGAAGUAUGCCCGCUUCCCAGUGACGGGCUUGGUGGAGGGCCGCUCCUACGUCUUCAGGGUGCGCGCCAUCAACAACUCUGGGGUGAGCCGAGCCUCACGGGUUUCUGACGUUGUGGUGGCCAUGGACCCCUCCGAUCGCGGCCGAGUGAAAGCUGGUCCCUCUGCUCCCUGGACUGGCAUGAUCAAGUUCACCGAGGAGGAACCCACAGGGGGAGUGGUCCCUGGCGAGCCCACCGACCUGGGGGUCAUUGAGGCCACCAAGAGCUACGUGGUCCUGAGCUGGAAGCCUCCGACACAGAGAGGCCAUGAGGGCGUCAUGUACUACAUCGAGAAGUGCAUUAGCGGUUCAGAUAACUGGCAGAGGGUGAACUCGGGCAUGCCAUCCAAGUCCCCGCGCUUUGCUGUGUUUGACCUGGCAGAGGGCAAGUCCUACAACUUCCGCGUCCGCUGCUGCAACUCGGCUGGCGUCGGGGAGCCCUCCGCCCCCACUGAGGCCACCGUUGUGGGAGACAAACUUGACCUCCCCACAGCCCCUGGAGCUGUUGUGGCCAUCAGGAACACGGCCUCAUCAGUGGUGGUGAGCUGGGCCAAGAGCAAAGAGGUCAAACACCUGGUGGGCUAUUACAUCGAGACCAGCGUGGAGGGGAGCAAUGUGUGGGUGCCCUGCAAUAACAAGCCAGUCAAGUGCACCAGAUUUGUGUGCCAUGGACUGAACACUGGGGACAAACUGGUGUUUAGGGUGAAGGCUGUGAAUGCUUCAGGAUACAGCACAUUCUCUCCCCUAUCAGAGCCUGUCAUUGUGAAAGCCAGUGUUGCCAUCCCUGGGCCUCCCAGCGGUGUCACACUGGUGGAGCGCGUGCGGGACUACAUGGUGCUCAGCUGGCAGCCUCCAGCCAAGAAUGGUGGUGCAGAAAUACUGGGCUACUAUUUGGACUACAGGACAGUCAAGGGAGGCGUCACCAGUCAGUGGCAUGAGCUCAACACUCAGGCUGUCACCACCACCACAUACAAAGCGGAGAACCUGAAGGAGAAUACCGUCUAUCAAUUCCAAGUUCGUGCCAACAACAUGGCCGGCAUUAGUGGUGCCUCUUUGCCCAGUGCAGAGCUGGAGUGCAAGGAAUGGACUGUGACCGUGCCAGGACCGCCCUGUGGCCUCCAUGCUCUGGAGGUGCGCCAGGAUUCUCUGGUGCUGCUGUGGGAACCGCCCGCAUUCAAUGGACGCAGCCCUGUCAACGGUUACUAUGUGGACAUGAAAGAAGCCUCUGCAACCUCCUGGAAGUGUGUCCACGAGAGGUCCAUCCAGCUCAAGUACAGGAAGAUUACUGGUUUGAAGCCUGGUACAGCCUACCAUCUUCGCAUCAGUGCUCGGAACGUGGUUGGCGUUGGCAAACCCUCCAAGGCCAUUGGUCCCAUUGUUGCAGAGACUCGCCCUGGCACCAACGAGAUCAUUGUGGAUGUGGAUGAUGAUGGCGUGAUCUCUCUGAUCUUUGAGUGCUCUGAAAUGGGUGAGGGUUCUGAGUUUAUAUGGUCCAAGAACUACAUCGAGCUCGCAGACACAUCCCGGCUAACCAUUGAGACUUCUGGGGGCAGGUCCAGAGCCAUCUUUAAUAACCCUUCUGUGGAAGACCUGGGCAUCUACUCAUGCAAGGUCACAAACACGGACGGUGUCUCCGCCAGCUACACCCUCACGGAGGAAGGACUGAAACGCCUGCUUGACAUGAGCUUUGACCAUAAAUUCCCUGUUAUCCCCUUCAAGUCUGAAAUGGCUUUCGAGCUGCAGGAGAAGGGAAGAGUCCGCUUCUGGGCUGAAGUGGGCAAGUUUACAGAGAACUGCCAUGUGGAAUACGCCUUCAAUGACAAUAUCAUCACCCAGGGAAAGAAAUACACGAUGAACUUUGACAAAAGCACUGGCAUCAUUGAGAUGUUCAUGGACUCACUGGAGGUCACUGAUGAGGGAACCUUCACCUUUGACCUGGUGGAUGGAAAAGCAAAGGGCCGCAGCAGCCUUGUGUUGAUUGGAGAGGAAUUCGCCAUUCUACAGAAGAAGUCAGAGUUUGAGAGAGCAGAAUGGGUCAGGAGACAAGGCCCUCACUUUGUGGAAUAUCUUGGCUUCGAGGUGACACCAGAAUGCAAUGUGCAUUUGAAAUGCAAGAUUGGAAACAUCAAAGCAGAGACUGAGAUCACCUGGUUUAAGGAUACUCUGGAGAUUCUGGCGGGCGAUGAGGAGGCAAAGCAAAUCAGCGCUAAAGAUGGGGUGCUGACCUUCGAUGUUGCCAAGUGUGUGUUUAAGAAAGACAAAGAGGAAAGAAAGAAACCUGCUGCCGGAGAUGCCCCCAAGAUUUCCAAAAUUUCAAAGAAGGAUGCCGGUUUGUAUGAGGUCCACCUCAAGGAUGACAGAGGAAAGGAUAAGAGCAAGUUCGAUCUGACAGGCGCAGGUUACGAGGCGGUCAUGAAUGAGGUGUUCAGAGUUAUUGCAAACUCCUCCACGGAACUCAGUAUCAUGAGCACAGAACACGGAAUCAUACUUUAUUCGUUUGUUGUGUAUCACACUGAGGAACUUCGUGUUAACUGGCUGCUCAAAGACUCUAAGAUCUCCCACUCAGAGAGAGUGCAGUGUGGGGUGACAGGGGAGCAGCUCUGGCUCAAGAUCAAUGAGCCCACUGAGAAAGACAAGGGGAAGUAUGCCAUGGACAUCUUUGAUGGCCAGAGUGGCGUCAAGAGGAUCUUUGACCUGAGUGGACAAGCAUGGGAGGAUGCAUUUGAAGAAUUCAAAAGACUUAAGGCUGCAGCUAUUGCAGAAAGAAACCGUGCUCGUGUUAUUGGAGGUCUGCCAGAUGUGGUCACUAUCCAAGAGGGCAAGUCUCUUAACCUCACUGGUAAUGUAUGGGGUGAUCCCUCACCUGAGGUCACCUGGAUGAAGAAUGACCGAGAGCUGGUGUCUGACGAGCAUUACGCCCUGAAGUUUGAGCAUGGCAAAUUUGCCAGUAUCACCAUUGCGGCAGUGAGCACAGUCGACUCUGGCAAAUAUGCGCUGCAGGUGAAGAACAAAUAUGGCACAGAGUCCAUGGAGUUCACAGUCAGCGUCUACUUCCCAGAAGACGAGAAGAAGGAGAAGAAGGAGAAGAAGUGAAAAGUGGAAGUGGAGGGAGGGGCUAAACAUGACCAAACUCUCAAAGCAUACUAGCCCUCAGCAUGUCUUACACAGAAUCUUACAAAACCAAACCCACAAUGAAGCAAUAUGUGGCGUUAUGGGCCUGAGGAUAACACGAUCUCAGAGACUGAACUGAAUUUAAAGUCAUGAUAUAACUUCCCCAUAAAAUCUGAAAUUUUGUGACUUUGUGAUAAGACAUGCUCAGUGUUACAGUGCUUUGGGUGUUGCUCUCAGCCUUAGCAUAAUUUGCAUUUCCUGCAUUAGCUGUAUACAGUGUCAUAUGUGCAGUGUGUACAAACCAAAGACAGAGGAUGAGUUGGAUGAAAUAAAAGCAUGAUUGACAUUUUUCUCCUCUUCUUUCACUCUAAAGAGGCAGUCUACAGCAUUUACAGAUCUAUGCAUAGACCUGUGUUUUGGGUGCUGGCCUGUAAGUCUGCUUUGGUGGAAAGGUCAUGAUCAGUAGCCUACACGUGAAAUUUGAGUAGGCCUGUUCUGCUUAAUGGUCCACAAAAAUGUAACAUCAAAUACAUGUAAUCCUGUUCUCUUACUGAUAUGUGAUGUACUAUACUAAUUAAAUAACCCAUGCUUCUUAGCCUCUCUC